CGUCCAAGCGCCGGCGCCGCGGGGGGCCACCGCCGGUUCUGCCCCGGUGCUCCUACCGGCCAACAAGCGAGUCUGCGCGGCGCCGGCGGCGGAUACGGUCGCUUCGCCCUGCGUCGUGGACAAGAAGCGCAUCCACGCGCCAGGACCUCGGCAGGAGGGCGCGCGUUCCGUGCCGGUGUGCUUACCGGCCAACAAGCGCGUGAUGCCGCCUCCAUCCGUGGAGUCAGAUGGUCCUCGGUUCGGCACUGCCAAAGAAGCCAGGCCUCAAGGAUCCAACAAACACGGCGGCGGCGCCAUCAUUCCCAGAGUGGCAAAUGGCACUGAAGGUUGCCCAAGAGGAAAAGAUUUCAAGAAACCCGAGAAGCCCAUCAAUCCUAAGGAAACCAAGGAGCAAGUGUCCAUGAAAACGGGCAAACCAAGAUCUCCAAAUAAAUCUAAAGAUGUGGAGAAGAAAGACAGCAAGACCGUCACUGGCAAGCAGUCUGGAGUUGUUGCUCGCGAGAAAUCUGACAAAGCGGCUGAUGCCAAAGCAGCAGCACUCAAACAGGAGUCGAUGAAUGGACUUGCUGAAGUUCGUGUGAGAGGCAAAGAGUUGAAGAAACCUGAGAAACCCAUCAAUCCUAUGGGAACCAAGGAGCAAAUGCCCAUGAAACCAAGCACACCAAGAUCUCCGAAUAAACCUAAAGAUCUGGGGAAGAAAGCAUGCAAUAUCGUCAAUGGCAAGCAGACUGAAGCUGGGGUUGAAGUGCGCCAGAAAUCCGAUGAAGUGGCCGAUGCGAAGGGAGCAGCACUCAAGGAGGAGUUGAGGAAUUGGGACGACGACGUGGUGCAAGAAGCCGUGGAGGAGGAGGACGGCGUGCUCUGCGCCGUGUGCGCGAGCACCGACGGCGACCCGUCCGACCCCAUCGUGUUCUGCGACGGGUGCGACCUCAUGGUGCACGCUUCCUGCUACGGCAACCCGCUCGCGCAGGCCAUCCCCGACGGCAACUGGUUCUGCUCGCUCUGCGCCGCCGAGAAGAGCAAGCCGGCGGCGCGCCCAAGCUGCUGCCUCUGCCCGGCCAGGGGCGGCGCGAUGAAGCGCACGACGGAGGGGUAGUGGGCGCACAUCUCUUGCGCGCUGCUUGUUCCGGAGGUGUUCUUCCGGGACCCCGACGGCCGCGACGGCGUCGACUGCUCCCUCGUGCCGGCCCACCGGUUCGCCAAGGACUGCUACAUCUGCGAGAGCAACGACGGGUGCGCGCUGGAGUGCUCCCAGCCCAAGUGCGCCCUCGGCUUCCAUGUCUCCUGCGGCCUCGACGCCGGUCUGUGCAUCGAGUACCGGGAGGGGAAGGGCGGCGCCAUCGUCGCAGGCUUCUGCAGGGAGCACACCGAGCUCUGGGAGAAGCAACAACUGACAGGCAAGUACAAGAUUGUGGCAAGAGGGGAGGAAUGAUAUGAGGAGGACAAAGAACAUGGUGUGCAAUUGCUUUGUAAGCUGAAGACUUGCUUGUUGUUAUUACUUAUCCAGCGAUAUGGAUGUACAUAUUAGGAUUUAUGAUCUACGGUUCAGCACUCAAUUCUUCUUUGCUAGAUUGUAGAAACGUUCCCAGAAGGUUAAAUGCAGAAGCAGAACUGAGAUUCAGAUCUUGAUUUAGAUCACAUUUUGUACUUAAGAGCUGUGUAAUAAUUUGUAAAGUACGGGUCCAACCAGAUCCCGUCUGUGUCAGCUUCA